AUGUCUUCAAGUCCCCACACGCCAUCGGCGCUAUCCGAUCGCCCAUCCGAGCCCCGAUCUAUAACCCCUGUCGACGCCGAGGCGCCCGUUCCAAUUGUGAUCGAUAAUUUUAGCGACGAAAGUGUUGAAUUCAGUGAUGAUUUGUCCGAUCUCACUUCCCUGUCGGAGAGCAUGCUCGAGUUUGAAUAUGAAAACGGUCGGCGGUAUUGUAGUACCGGCUCAGGAAAUUAUAUGAUGCCAAAUGAUGAGGAGGAACAGGAUCGAAUGGAUAUCACACAUCACAUAUGGCUGAUGCUACUGGGAGGGAAGCUCCACAAUGCCCCCAUCACAUCACCACAGAACAUUCUUGACCUGGGAACCGGAACGGGAAUUUGGUCCUUAGACAUUGCCGAAAAAUUCCCCAAUGCCCACGUGAUUGGGAAUGACAUUAGUCCUAUCCAGCCUAGUUGGGUGGCCCCAAAUAUCGAGUUCAUCGUGGAAGAUUUCGAAAGCGAAUGGUAUUAUGAAAAAAACCACUUUGACUUUAUCCAUGGACGAUGCCUAGCAGGAUGCGUGGCGGACUGGCCCAGGUUCAUAAGCCGGAUAUUCGACCACGUUAAACCCGGCGGCUACUUUGAAUCGCACGAGAGUGCCGUUUGGGCCCGGAGCGACGAUGACUCCCUGAAGGAAGAAUCCGCGAUCAUGGAAUGGCAGAAGGCUGUUAAUUUCGCCGGCGAAAAGCUCGGCCGGGAGCUAAAUAUCUACCAUAAACUGAAAGACUGGAUGAUUAACGCCGGUUUUGAGGAUGUUAGAUUGUCUGUCUACGCGCUACCUUUCUCGCCCUGGCCGCGCGAUCCACAUCUAAAGACAAUAGGGAAGUAUCAGGCAGUGCAGUUGCAGCAGGCCAUCGAUUCAUAUUCGCUACGCUUAUACACGCAGGUGUUGGGUUGGGGCUUGGAUGUGGCUAAGAUUCAUAAUGCUAUUGUCAAACAGGAGUUACGGGAUAAGAAGUUGCAUGCCUAUGUUCAAACAGUUGCCGUCUAUGGGAGAAAACCUCUUCAAUUAUGA